AUGAGAUGCUCCCUUCAAGCCGUGUCGAACCCGGACUCCGACCUUCCGAUGGCCUCCUUUGACGGCUAUGUCGACCUGCCCUUGCGUCUUGCUAUGCUCCACGGACUGCUGCAUCCACUAUUAGCACGAGGAUACUUGUAUCCACACCGGCGUCCAGGCCCCAACAGAUAUGCCCUGAAGAGACAGACCAGCACGGAGGACCUGCAGAUAGACAGCCCUGAACAGGAGCACGAGCCGGGGGCCGCCCACCCACUGGACAUCUCAUCCCCGCAGACGGGGGUUAGUCUUAAGCCAACCCCUAAACCAGUUCCUUGGAUCAAACAAAAUCACAAGAAGGAGCACUGCGAGAUACAGAAGAGCGAAUACGAACAACUGGACUCAUUGGACCGGAAGCAUGCAGAAGAGCUGUCCGAGCUCCGUCUUGGGGUGGAGCAGGUGACUGAACGGGAGCUGGAGAUGGCCAAGCGUCUGGAGGACUUCAUCGCUCAGAGCAUGGAGCAGAACGAGAUGCUGCAGGCGGAGGUGCACGGGCUGAGGAACACGGUGGAGUCGUGCGAGGAGCAGCUGGCCAGCGCCACCUUCAGGCUGGGUAUGAUCGAGGAGGAGAGGGAGGAGGAUGAGAGGAAGCUGAACGUUGCCUUGGCAGCCGCAGAGCGAGUUAAUGUCUUGGAGGAGCAGCUGGCAGACAUGUUGAAGGGCCUCCACCGGCUCAAUAAGGAGGUCUGCACGGAAAACGACGAGCUGCCGCCCAGAGAGUCACACGUACACAGUGACUGAGCCCAGAUAAGGGCUGUGAAUGUGAAGUCUAAUUGUUCCAUUAUGUGUGAGGCUAGAUGACAAUAUCCUAUUUUCUCUUAAGGUCCCAUGACAUGCCACCAGGUGUGAGUGCGAUUAGCCUUACAAGCAGUGUGUGUCCACCUAGAUGUGGGACGGAUAGAUGAGCAACGUUUGCUACAGUCCACUGGGUAGGCUGGUAGACUGAUCUAUGCAGCACACAUCUAGGUGGCCACGCCCACUUGUGAUGUCAUAAGGGAAAGAUUUUCAAAACAGCUUGUAACGGCUAAUCACACUCACUCCUGGUGGCAUGUCAUGGGA